UAAAGUGCUAUAGUAUGGAUGUUACAAGUCCGAAAUUCGAAAUGGAAAUUAGAUAGAAAAAUGCGUGCUAUGUGGCUACAACUGGGACUAUGGAUGUUGCUCAAUGAGGCAGCGCAUGCACGCCUUUUGAAGUUUACGAAUGUCAAGUGCUUGGAGCUGCCGACAAAUGCGGGCUUCUGCCGCUACGAUUAUUGCCGUCUGAAGGUGGUGCGACGCAAUCAGGUGGAGCUGUCGUUGAAGGUCAGCCUGUUGCAGCUGCCCAUCACGAACCUGACGACCCGGCUGCAGUGCUUCCAGCGCAGUGAUGGCUAUCGUCCCUUCGUCUAUAACAUACUCUUCGAUUUCUGCAAGCUGAUGGCCGCCCGCAAGUAUCGGCUGUCAUUCGAGAGAUUCGUCUUCGAUACGAUCAGGGAGCAUAGCAACUUCAAUCACUCCUGUCCCUGGACUGAGAAUUACAUGAUGGUGGACAAAUUUGCCUUGGACUUUACCAAGGUGAAUAUGCCGGUGCCAACAGGUGUCUAUCGUCUGGACUUUACCUUCUAUGCCUACGGCAUUGCACGCACCCUGACUCAGGUCUUCUUCGAGAAACUUGACUAGGGCUAGAGCAUUACGCAGCCGUUCAAUUCAGCGAUCGACAUUAGAUUUCAUCUGAAUUCAUAUGUGUUUUCUAUAAUAACAAUAAAAUGAUUGUCUGUGCAAGUUAAGGCCAAUCAAGUCAAUAAACAAUUACU